AUUUGCAUGUAUUUUUUUAGGAAUGAAGCAUCUUGUAAGGGCAUUUUUAACCGACUUGGGAGGGAAUCCAAACAAGCGGAAUGCUCUGAAUGAGACAGCAUUGCAUGCCACCUGCCAAAUAUCCCCAAACAGCAUCAAUGGAUCGCAAGAUAGAAGGGCGAUUUGCGUUCAGUUUCUUUUGCAUUGGAGAGGAGCCAUUUUACCCUCUGGUGGAAGAGAAAAAGUGGACUUGGCAGCUCAAGACGAUACCGGAAAUACCGCUUUGCAUUAUGCUGCUCAUUUUGGCUUGCGCCGCUGUGUCGAAUUGCUGGUUUACAAUGGAGCCCCAUUAUUUCUGGAAAACAACGAAAAAUUGACUCCGUGCGAUUCGGCAAUGAGGGCACGCCAUGACCACAUCGCAGGAUUUCUCGAGAGCCGAAUGGUUUUUGCUGAAAACCCCGACGUGAUAAACGUAGAGGAAAAUCUGAUAAACGAACAAGAGGAAGUGUACAGUGGACUAAGGAGUCAAGAUUUGCAGGAAGCUAAAGACCAAUUGCUAGUGGAUACUUCGGACAUGCUCAAGAUCCCGCUUUUCACCGCUGAGGCCCUUUUGCGAGACAAUGAAUGGUCCAGGGAAUUGCUGCUGGAAAAGUGGAUGAGAAAUCCUGUGGAGUGCUGCGAAUUAGCGGGAGUUCAAGCCCCUUCAUCAGUGUUAAAUUACGCUGGAUCUAUAGACUCAAGUGCAUCAACUGACACGGGCUCGGAUCGGCAGGAAGUGAUGUGCGAAAUUUGCCUGAAUCUCAUACCCGACGACUGGGAGCAGCCAUUGAAAAUGUCCUGCAGGCAUUUCUUUUGCAAGAGCUGCUGGCAAAGUUACCUGACAACUAAAAUCCAAGACGGAGAUGCUCAUCACAUUUUAUGCCCAGCGUUUGAGUGCCACAUCCUGGUUCCAGUUGAGUUUAUCGAAAAACUCGUCAGUCCGGAGAUGGCACGAAGAUACUUGCAAUUUGACAUCAAAGCCUUUGUGGAAAGCAACAAGACGAUCAAAUGGUGUCCGAUUCCUGCAUGCGGACGAGCCGUGCGACUACCGGAAGCCGAACAAACCCCCGGAAAAACCUACGCCAACAGGAAAGCCCUCCCAUUGACUUCUCAUGCAGUGGAUUGUGGAAAUGCGCACUUUUUUUGCUGGGAGUGUUUAGGCGAUGCUCAUGCACCGUGCGGCUGUGAGCAGUGGCAGCAAUGGCACAGGAAAAUUGCGGAAAUAAAGCCGGAAGAACUGAGCACGGCUUGUAUGGGUACAGAGGAGGCAGCAAAUUGCCUCUGGUUGGUCACCAACUCGAAGCCCUGCCCGAAUUGCCGCAGUCCCAUUCAGAAGAACGAAGGUUGCAACCACAUGAAAUGCUCAAAGUGCAAAUUCGACUUCUGCUGGGUUUGCCAGGAAUCGUGGAAAAGACACAGCUCGGCUACGGGGGGCUACUUCAGGUGCAACCGAUUUGAGGCAGUGAGGAAAGCGGAUGAAAAGCAGGGCUCUCUUGUGAAUGAAGCCAUUGAAAAAAACACGGAGCUGCAGGAAAUCACCAGAUUCUUGCACUACUACACCCGCUUCCGCAACCACGAAAACAGCCAGAAAAUGGAAGAACCAUUGCUGACCAGCGUUCGCAAGAAAAUGGAGGUGCUGGCCAGCAGUUUGGGCAUCAACAAAGAAGAAGCUAUAGAGAGCAGCACCAAAUUCAUAGAAGACGGAGUAAGAGAGCUGCUGAAAGCCCGAAGAGUUUUAUGCGGUUCAUACGCCUAUGGGUACUACCUGGAGGAUGAUGGCUACAACAAGCAUAUUUUCGAGUCCAUGCAGUUUGAGCGAUUGCAGAAUGAGCUGGAGGAAAGCACGGAAAAGCUGAGCGAAAUGAUCGCUAGGCCUUACUUGCGGACUCCAAAAGUGGUGAUUAUCCAAACCUCAACAACGACCAGAAGGAACCGGCAUGAGUUUGUUCGGGCAAUUGCUCAGGGGCUCAUUCCACCUGAAACGCCUCCCACUUUGCGGAAACGAAAGCGGAAAUUUAAUGAUUUGGCCGAUACUUCAUCAUGGCUGAAAGACUGCGAGUGGCCUGGCGGCGAUUACGAUACUGAUGAGGAGACCGAUCUGAGCGUAACUCUGAAGAAAAUGAUCAGAUCUCCUGUGGCUGAGCACGAAUGUGGUUUGCUGUGCAGCAGCCAGGGAUGUGGAACCAGGCCCGAUUACAAUGUGGAGCUGAUCAUUGCUCUGGAAAUGUCGCGACUGCAGAUGAUCGAAGAUCAAGUGAGGCAAACCGAGCAUACGCCAAUCACACCAGAUCCAGGCUCCAGCAUAUCGACCAAUAGCAACGAGAGUGCAGAUGAUCAGUUGAAACUUGCCAUUCAGCUAUCGCUGCAAGAGUCUACCAAGAAGAUUCGCAGGGAGAUGGAGCAGAGGGAGUUUGAAGAGCGCGUCAAUGGCUACCAGAAAACAAGCGCCGAUUUGACGGUGGACUAUUUCCUAAAGUCGCUCGCCAAUCACAAGAUCGACUUGAAAUCCUUGGAUCGACUGGAGCCGGAUCGAGACACGGUGUUUCGUUCGUGCAGAGGCAAUCAGGAUGGCACAUUUAAGAUUUCCGACAUUCAUGAGAACGGUUAUACCUUCGGUAAUGAUGACUACGAGGAUCUCUCCAGCUUGAAGAGAUGCCAUUCCACGGGCGAUCUUUGCGCCGGAAGAACCCGCAAAGGACCCUUAACUCGCAUGAAUGGAGCGGAUGAACCUCGGUACCAUUUGGACUCGGAUCACAGCAGCCAGCAUGACGAGAAGCCCGAAGAUUUGGUGCGAAGAUUUUUAGCUUUACCUUCCACAUCAAUAAGAUCGAGACAGUUCUUGUUGCUGCAGCAUCCGCAUCCGGAGGAAGAGUUUUGCCAGGCGCAGAGCUCGAUGGAGGACACCACCAUAUCCGACUCGAUUAAUGCCGAUAUGGAAGUUUGUGGAAUAUUGAAUUCGAUGACUGAUGACGAUCUAGGAAGCAAAGUUUACGACGAGGAAACCAAAAAGACUGACCCAAUUGCCAAAGAAACCCAGUGUAAGAAACAUAGUCAUAAUCCAUUCGCUACCCUUAAGGCGAAACUGUGUUCAGCUCAUUUGCCAAAAUCCAAUUAUCUAACCAGAAUAGCUGUGAAUAAAAGUAUAGGUUUAAUUAGCAACGAACGCAAAUCGAAGGCGUGCUGCGAUCGCUCGAGUAGCAACGGAGGAUCCUCCAGCUCCGUUUUAGUGGAAAAGUCCUUAGUCGGAGAAUCAAAGAGCGAAAAACACAGCCCGAAGAGGCGCCAAUGCGCCAGUGAGGGCAGUUUCUCGAAAUCCACAGGGUUCCUAGUCGAUAAUCAAAAGAAAACUGCCAAAGGCUUCUCCUCGCAUUUGAGGAUAAAAAUUUGCAAAAGUCCCCAGAAAACCACUCUAGAAACCGAUAGUUCUAAUGAGUAUGAAAGCGAAACUGGCAUCCCCAAGUCGCCAACUUUGUUCAUUUCUGGAGUCUCAAUUUCACGCACCCCUGAACCUAAAUCGCCAGGAGUCAGUUUGAUCCAAAACCUGUCGGGGAGACAGUCGCGCUCCUCCAGUUUGAGCGUCCCGGCUCCUCUCAGCUCCUGCUCAUUGAGCAUAUCGAGCGGCAGCCUCAACAACAGUCACUCCCUGCCUCCAGAGCCCUUCACUCCCUCUCUGGUCCGCUCCACCACUCCGGCCUCCUCAAAGUCGAACGUGACCACUCCACAUGGAAGCCCCAGGUCUGGAAAGGAUAAUGGAAAGUCCAAGAGCGCCAAUGAACCCGAGCGCGAAAGGGAAAUGUUUAGGUUUCCAAAGUCAUCUACAGACGGUGCACUUAGUUCAGUGCUGCACGUUCAAGAGUCCAACCUGAGUUCGGACGAUUUCCACGAGGCUCUUUUUCUUCUGGAAAGGUCGCCCAAGACCAGAGACUCAAAGCGACGGAAGAAAUCGAAGAAGAAAGAAAAGGAGCGAGACACCGAACCGGAGGACAUCAGCUCUGUUCUUUAACGUUGCCUUUUCGCCUAUCCUGCGGAAUGUUCUUGAGGUGUUUUUGCCAGUCUUCAUCUGUGCCAAUUCGUGUCCAUCAGCAGCUGGCACGAAAACCUCCGGCCCAUUUCCACCUAAACUAUCAAAGACUGUCUUUAUAUACUUAUGUAUGGAACUUGGAUCGAAAUUAAGUGUUUUUUGUGAUACGUUUUUAUAAGAAAAGACUUUUUGAAAGUGACCAAAAAAUUUCUAUCCGUGUUUACUCUCGGUUGUUUUUUUAAAGUAAUUAUAAUGGAUGAUUGUGAGUGCAUAUUCUGUGGAUGACCAGAUGUUGCACUGUUAUUGACUAUGAGAAUGCGGCAUUUACAAGUUGUUAAUUUCGAUUUUGGCACGUCUGAAUGUUGGAUAAAAUUUUUUUAAUUUUUUUAAUUAAGAAUUUGCUUAGUUUUCUCUUGAUGAUGAUUUGGAGUCAAUGAAUUUCUCGGUUUUGAUUUAAAAAAAAAACUCUUUCAUUUUUCAGGCUCAACCACUAAUCUAACAGAAUUUUUACAGUUUUCCUAUUUUCAGUAGAUAUAAAAUCUGUAAAAAUUUCAGCUUUCGAGAUAAUUUUCAAUGAAGAGGUUGAAUUUUUGCAAAAAAAAGUAAAACGGAAUAUCGACUUCGCCAUCCUGUUUCUUAACCACUGAAGUGUUAAAAGUUUUAAAGGACGAAAAAGGAAAUCCAGAAAAAUACGCCUGCAAAAGAUUUUUAAAUUUUUUCCACAAACAGAGCCAAACUCAAAAUCACUCAAGUGACUCAUUUUCCAGCUUGUUUUUCAAUCAGUUGAUUCUUCAUACCCUGUAUAAAUUCACUCUUUAAAAGUGGAGUUUCCACGCCGUUCCGACUAAACUGCUCAACAAAAUUUGUCCUAACUUUAGCACUGGAUAAAUCCUGAUUGGCUCAUGCGAUUUACUUUCUGUUUAAAGUGUUAUUGAGCCCCGUGUUUUUGCUGUGAGUCGACGUUUUGGUAAAAAUUUAAACCUCACAGACAAAUUUUCUACAGGAUGACAAAUGAUGAAGUGCAAAAUUUGGCAGAGUUCUGCAUGCUUCUUCUAGCUGGACCAAAGAAAGGUGUCUGUCUGUUAACCUAAAAAAUUUAAAGAUAAAGAAAAUAGUUCGAAACGGUUAGUAUUUACAGAAUGGUCUCAAAAAAUCAACUUUUUUGUCUUACGGCGAUAAUUUUGCUGCUCGUCGAUCGAUUUUCACGAUCUGGAGCUCAUGUUGAAACUUCAUAGACGAUUUUAGACUAAAAAAAUAAUAAAAAUAUACAGAAUUUAAGAUGAAAAAUUAUCUCUGCAAGAUCAAAAGUGGAUUUUUUCUAAGACCGCUCUGUAAAUAAACCGUAUGAGCCAAAGAUUCAAGGACGUUUUUCUUUAAAAACUUUAUCUCUUUAUAUGAGGACUAUCUUGAUGCCUGUGGUGUUGAAAUACAGAAAAACUUUUUCUGUCCAACUGGGAGGAUGGGGAACUUUCAACAAUUUUGCAUUGUGUUUUUGCCGCCCUGUAGAAACUUUAUCUGACGCACUAAUUUUUUACAAAAACACGCAUAAACCGAGGAAGAGUUGGAGUAAAUACCGCUUUAAUCUUAAACCAAAGCGCUCGAAGCAGUCAGAAUUUAUCCAGUUCUAAAGUUGAUUUUGUUGAGCAGUUUAUAACAGUAAGUUGCUGGAACUGGUGAUUUUCAUCCAGACGUUUUGCAACCGCGAGUGGCGCCCAUCUUCAGUGGUGGUUUGCUCGACACAUUCCAGCCUGCGCCAGGAAGAAAAUAUUCAGACAUUCCAAAAUCUUGUAAAAUUAAAAACGUAAAAUAAUACUCUCUGUGUUACUUGUCUAAGAUGCUACGCCUAACUUUCGACUGAAAAUAUUUAUUUUUCAUUCGUCUUUGGAAAAGAACCCGUUUUUUUUAAUAUUUGUAUUCGACUUAUAGAUACUUAUAUCUGAUUGUCUUGCUAUACUCCUCCUCACAUGUGUAAUAAUGUUGUCAAGUGCUUUUCGGCUAUAGGGAAUAGUCGAGAGCGCACAAAAAAUUCCAACAAUAAUAACAACGAGGUAAAAAGCUAAUUGAACAAAUAGAAACAGUUUAAGAGAGGCUGGAAACAGUCGAAUAAUCGAAAGAAUAAAAAACUACUCAAAUUAUCUGAUUCAUUAUCAUUCUUGAAGCCGGAAAGCAUUCAACAAUAGACUCAUUUUACAUGGUAUAAUACAUUAUUUAUCGAUAUUUAAAAGUGUUAAUAUCAACACAAUUUAAUCAACUUAUUUAUGGUCAGUCCAUAUUAACCGCCGUUUAUUGUAUUCGGUAUUUCCUCAAUAUUGGUUGUCUGUUCUGUUUCAGUAUCAAUCGAUCAGGUUGAAGUUGAAUAUAUAAACUGUUUAUAACAUUUAA